AAUAGUGAUUAGGAAACCUUGACGCCUGCCCAACGAUCGUGGGCAGGAGGUGGUUUCUGGUUUGUUGGGGCGUGUGUAUGUGUAUUUGGGGGGACUGAAGGGUACGUGGGGCGAAACAAAACCGGCCAUGGCAGCAGCGGAGGAGGAGGACGGGGGCCCCGAAGGGCCAAAUCGCGAGCGGGGCGGGGCGGGCGCGACCUUCGAAUGUAAUAUAUGUUUGGAGACUGCUCGGGAAGCUGUGGUCAGUGUGUGUGGCCACCUGUACUGUUGGCCAUGUCUUCAUCAGUGGCUGGAGACAAGGCCAGAGCGGCAAGAGUGUCCCGUAUGUAAAGCUGGGAUCAGCAGAGAGAAGGUUGUCCCGCUUUAUGGGCGAGGGAGCCAAAAGCCCCAGGAUCCCAGAUUAAAAACUCCACCCCGCCCCCAGGGCCAGAGACCAGCUCCAGAGAGCAGAGGGGGAUUCCAGCCAUUUGGUGAUACCGGGGGCUUCCACUUCUCAUUUGGUGUUGGUGCUUUUCCCUUUGGCUUUUUCACCACCGUCUUCAAUGCCCAUGAGCCUUUCCGCCGGGGUACAGGUGUGGAUCUGGGACAGGGUCACCCGGCCUCCAGCUGGCAGGAUUCCCUCUUCCUGUUUCUCGCCAUCUUCUUCUUUUUUUGGCUGCUCAGUAUUUGAGCUAUGUCUCCUUCCUGCCCACCUCCAGCCAGAGGAGAAUCAGUAUUGGGGGUCCCUGCUGACCCUUCCUUACUCAUGGACCCCCUUGACCUCUCUUAUUUCUGUUGGCUAAGGCCAGCCCUGGACAUUCUCCAGGAAAGCUUGGGGAGGAGGAGUGAAGUCUGUGCAUAGAUGGGACAGCCUUCUGCUCAGAGGCUCACUCAGUAACAAUAUAAUUCUCUGCCCUGGGGAAGGAGGAUGGAUUGAGAGAAUGUCUUUCUUCUCUCCUAAGUCUUUGCUUUCCCUGAUUUCUUGAUUUGAUCUUGAAAGGGGGGCAAAGCUCCCUCUGACUCUUCGCCCACUCCCCAUCUUAUUAAUUUAAUUUUUCACUCCCCAGAGUCUAAUAUGGGUUCUGACUCUUAAGUGCUUCCUCCCCCUCACUACCUCCUUUAAUACAAAUUCAAUAAAAAAGGUGAAAUGUA